AUGCAGCUAAAUGGGAAUCACUACAUUGAAAACCUUGAUGCAGAAUUGGUGUCCAAGAUUAAUACGUACCUAUCUGGCAUCUCCGUGACUGACCACAACCCGGCAAUUCUAUUUUGCUGGGAUCACGAAGCGCUGGAAGAAUUUGCGAAUGCAGCCAAUGCACAGACUAUUGAACAUCCGCAAUGGUUUUCACAAACCCGUGGAAGUGUGACGCCCAUGACUGUCAUGAAUGAUGUCAUCUGCUACUUAGCACAAUUAAGCGGUGGACGAUGCGACCACGUCCUACUCGCACCCAAUUCCCUUAUUCAGUACGGACACUUGCAAGAGCGGCUACAGUAUAUGCAAUACGAUGACUUUAUGCAGAAGUGUAUGGUCAAUGUGGCCCCAGGUAAAAAGACUCCAACACUUUUAAACAUUACCGAUGACGGGCGCGAGCUGCUGUUGGAGCGUCAUGGCGCUAACGAGCACAGUAUACGAGUGGCAGAUCUUAAGGAGUUGAUCCUUCAGCAUCGACAUCAACUUUCUUCCAGCGAAAUUGCUGCCACGUCAUUCCGUUUGCAGCUUGCGGAUCUCGAAAACAGUUUUGUGCUGCUUCGAGGCCAUAUUUUGGCUGAUCCAGAUAUCGUUGACCUCAACGCUUUACUCCCGACGGACUUCUUCGUGUUUGUAGCCGAUAACGUGCAGACUGGCAAUCAGUCGAUUUCUCGCUGUGAAAUGCACAAGAAUCAAGCAGAUCCCGCGAUAUUUGAAUUGCAGCGAGCUCAACUUGUGGAAAUGGGAUUCUCAGCGGAUUUAGCAGCUCAGGCAUUGCAUGAAUGCGGUUGUAAUCUCUCGGAUGCUGCUGCUUUGCUGGCAGAAGGAAAUUUGUGCAAGGGAACCAAAGACAUGAAUUCCCAGGUGACGACCAACUUAGGUUCACAGUAUCCCUUUUCGCUCCGAAGUUUGGUGCAUGAUGGAGAUUUGAUGAAGUUACGAAAGUUGGCAGCAGUUGAUUCGUUUCGCGCAUUACUUUUUCUGAAAGAAACAUUCUCAUCAGAGGCUUUAGAUCAACUUAAUGAGAAUUCGAUGGCGACACUGCAGCUACUUUUGCUGCCUGUCCCGGCACCAUCUUUACGUGCAAUACAUACGUCAAGUGAUGAUGCCAGUAAUGUCGAUGUUUUAAAGGCAUCGGAUUCAACAAGCAAUCCCACAACCAACGCCAUUGAUCGACUUGUUGCGAUGGGGUUUGCUCGAGAUUUGGUCGAGGUCAUGUAUGAAAAUUGCAACAGCGAUGAAAUGCUAACGGCAAACGCGUUGCUGCAAACGUUAGAAUCUUAA